GCUCCCCCUUGACUUACAACCAUCUGCCCCUCAGUCUCUCUAACUGGGGAACACUGUUUCUCAAUGGUCCACCACAGAAACACCCCUUUGCCGUCUCUAACUCUAUAAGUGUCCGCGUCACCAAACCAUGGCAGCAGCUGCGAACGCCCCCUGCCUGUCGGACCUCAUCGGACUCCCCAACCGGAACAUCAGCCUCCUCUCCGGCACCCAACCCUGCAACCGGAGCACCGCCAGGACGGCGCCCUACACGCCACAAGCCACCGCAGCUUUCGCCAUAGCCAUUACCUCCAUGAUGAUCCUCACCAUCGUCGGGAACAUCCUGGUCAUCAUCGCCGUCCUGACGUCUCGAUCCCUUAAGGGGGCUCAGAACCUGUUCCUGGUGUCGCUGGCUGCAGCAGAUAUUUUAGUCGCCACGCUUAUCAUCCCGUUCUCAUUGGCCAACGAGCUGCAGGGCUACUGGGCGUUCAGCUCCAUUUGGUGUGAGAUCUACCUGGCGCUGGAUGUUCUCUUCUGCACCUCCUCCAUCGUGCACCUGUGCGCCAUAGCGCUGGAUCGCUACCUGUCCAUCUCCCGGCCCGUGUCCUACGGAACCAAACGCACCCCGAUACGAAUCAAGACGGCCAUCAUCGUGGUCUGGCUGAUCUCUGCGGUCAUCUCUUUCCCUCCUCUUCUCACCCUGGACAAGAGCGAAGGAGGCGAAGAGGUGUGCGAGCUCAACAACGAGCGCUGGUACAUUCUCUACUCCACCAUCGGCUCUUUCUUCGUCCCCUGUGUGAUAAUGAUCCUGGUGUAUGUGAGGAUUUAUCAGAUCGCGAAGCAGCACACACGCCACCCGCCUGGACAGAAGAACACCGUGACAGCAGGAGGAAACGCAAGCCCGGGAACCAACGAGCCUCCAGCCAAGAUAUCGGAGCAGUCACAACAGAAUGGGGAUCAAGGAGGUGUGACAGCUGGCCAACAAGUAAAAGGCCUGGCCAAAACGCCGGGCUCUGAAUCAACUUCCUCGUUGCAAAACCCGCCUGAGAAAACCGCAAGCCAGGACAAUCAGCACCCUGCUGAGUCGACUAACGCUCCUGUCCAGAAAUCCACCUCCUCCCCUUUAAUCUCUCAACAUGGCAGCCAAAUCCUCUCAGCUGUUCCCCUAACUGGUACCGUCACCCGCAGAGAGUCCCAGAUGCAUGCAAACGAAGGAGGGGAAGCACCCCCCACCGAGAACUCAUCGAGCUCUGGCUCAGAAAUGUGCGAGGACGGUGUUAACGGCAAAGAAGAGACAAACAAGGCUGACGGUGAAGCUUUGGGAUUGCCCCGAAGGAAAGGCUUUAAGGUUCAGAUGCUGAACCUGGCCUGCAGAUACAAAAACACAAUGGCCACCUCCUCCGGCUCAACCAAACUGGCACCGGAGGAGACGCCGAAGUUUCAGGGGACGCCCACAUCCCGCCGCAAAGCCAUGGUGAACAGGGAGAAGAGGUUCACCUUCGUCCUGGCUGUGGUGAUGGGGGGCUUUGUGAUCUGCUGGUUCCCCUUCUUCUUCUCCUACUCGCUGCAGGCGGUGUGCCCCGAGGUGUGCACCAUCCCCAACCCUCUGUUCAAAUUCUUCUUUUGGAUCGGCUACUGCAACUCCUGCCUCAACCCGGUCAUUUACACCAUCUUCAACCACGAUUUCAGGAAGGCCUUCAAGAGGAUCCUCUACAGCGCCACAAAGGGCACGUUCUUCUAGAACAGGAAAGGAUCAAAUCAGAAAGACGUUUUAUCUUAACAGAAAAAAAGAUUUGUUUCUUUCUGUAUUUGGAACGGGAUUGACCUUUCUUCAGCAUCGACAUGAACACGUGUACAUUGAGGAGGAAAGUGCAUCCGCGGUGUCCUCCGUGUGUUUGCCUGAACGCUGUUAUUUCAGUCAGAGCAGGGUCGACAAAGGGAGAUUUCCGAAUGCCGUGGUCAAGUGGCCUGAUCAUUUAUCUUUAAUGUCAUUUAAGAAUACGGCGUAAUUGAAUAUUCAACGACUCUUGAAGAAGAAUGAUUCGAUUAUGUUUCGAAACGUAAGUCAAGAGGAAACAGGGUCUGUGUUCAGUAAUUUAAAUCUCAAAUGAUGUGUUUUGUUUAGGUCUGUGUGUGUGUGUGUGUGUGUG